AUGGUGGAGCUGCCAGAGCCGGAGGUGGCGGAUCCUGCCUCUGCAGAGGCCAUGGCGAAGAAGGCGCCCUGGGGACGAGGCGGCGUGCCGUUCCCCAAGAAGCUGCACGGCAGCCCGACCCGGGUGGUAGCCGCACAGGAGGCGGUGGACAAGCGCUUCGGGAACUGGGCGGAGUUCCUGAGCUUUGCGCCCUUGGAUGAGCUCUUCUCGCUUGAACGUGAGUCGGGCGAAGGAGGCGAAGCUGAGCGAGCGGUCAUCGUGGUACGGCCACGCUUAGUGCGCAGUGACUUGAGCUCUGGAACGCAAGCGAUGCCAUGGGUGUGA